CAAGAGAUAAGGGAAAUGUGACUGCUCUUGUUCUCUUUAACCCUGCUAAAAUGAAGCAACAGAAUUGAUAGCAAGAAAGAGCUAAACAAUUAUUUAACCAUAAUGCUAAUUUAUGGCCCUGGUGCAGCUUUCCGUGUUAAAACUUCUUUGUACUGUGUCAACAGCAACAACAACAAGGUUUCCAGCAAAAGCAGUAACAACCUCACCAGAUUCAGCCGCAGAUGCAACCUUGCAGGUAGCUUCCUUGCGGCUGCUGCUGUUUUAGUCUCCGCAGCUAUGCCAGCUGAGGUGCCACAAGACUCGGAAACACUAUCCAACAUACCCCAAACACUUUCAGGAGAGUGCUCAUCCGCCAAAGAUUGCAAAAAGCCUAGAAUCCAGCGACCAAAGUCUAGGAAAGCUGAGACAUGCACUAUCAAAUGUGUUACCACUUGCAUUAGAGGGGGUGAUGGCUCUCCUGGAGAAGGUCCUUUUAAUAUAAGAAGACCAUUGGUGGUUUUUAAGGAAGGGUUUCGAAGUCGGAAUUACUGCUUGGUGGAGUGUUCCGAUAUUUGUAAUUUGAUUGGAGAUUGGGAUGACGGACCUUGAAUUGUAUAUGAUGAUUCUUUUACAGCUACAUAAAAAGAUUUUUCAUUCA